UAGAGAAUAGUUUUUGUGCGGAUAAACAUUUUAAUUGUACGCGCUUUGUUUGAAAAUGGCGCGUUACGCCCGCUGGAAAUAUUAGGUUAAAAAGUUGCUAAAUUAGCCUAGAAAGAAACCCGUUUCAUGGCGUCUAGGAAUAGGGAAAAUGGCACCAGACUUCGAAGAAAAAAUGCAAGAGAAUUAAUUGGAGAGGAACGAAAGAUCUCAAGUUAUUACAACUUUGUUACGGACGGUGAAGAAAUCGACAGUGAUUUACCUGUACCAAACUUGUCCUUUGGCCUCGCAUCCACCCUUGUUACCUGUGUGUCUGUCCUUUGUUAUUAUAAUUCAUGCAAAGGCGAGUUUGUCUUCGACGAUUCUGAAGCAAUUGUGGCGAACAAGGACUUGACGCCCGACAUCCCGCUUGGAGAAUUGUUUUAUCAUGACUUCUGGGGUGCGAACAUCAGUUCCAACACCAGCCACAAAAGCUAUCGUCCCUUCACUAUUCUAACAUUUCGAUUCAAUUAUUGGCUCGCAGGAGGACUGCAUCCCUGGGGGUUUCAUGUUGUCAAUGUCACACUCCAUGCUGUGGUGUCAGUCUUAUGUCUGAAACUCUUUUCGAUCAUUUUCAGUGGUAAAAAUAAUGUUAAAUUUUAUUGUGAUAAUAAUUCAUCCGCAAGAACUCAUUUCACAGCCUCAAGGGCAAGUUUAGUCGGUGCGAUCCUUUUUGCUGUUCAUCCUAUCCACACAGAGUGUGUUUCAGGUUUGGUUGGAAGGGCAGAUCUUCUUGGUGCUGUGUUUUUUAUCCUCUCAUUUCUUUUUUAUGUGAAAUGUUGUUCUGUUGAUUCUGAUGACGAUGGAUCAACGUAUAAAUUGCCAUGGAAAUAUCUUUUGUCAAGCAUGGUAUUUUGCUGUAUAGCUAUGCUUUGCAAGGAGCAAGGAAUCACUGUUCUGGGAGUCUGUUGUGUUUAUGAUUUAAUUGUGGCUUGUGAAAUCGACCCUGCCUCUCUCUUGACGAAAGUCUCCUCAAAGGUCUCUUCACCUGAGAAGAGAAAUGGAGUUGAUUCAAAGGAGAAAAAUGAAUCAACCUUCUGGAUAAAGCUUAUUUAUCGCCAGAUAGUCCUGUUCCUUGCCGGAAUAACUCUUCUAGUCGGUCGCUGGCGCAUCAUGGGGUCUUCUCCUCCAGUUUUCCAAGUAGUGGAUAAUCCUGCAUCCUUUGAGGAGUCUCUUAUUAUGAGAAUCAUCAACUACAACUACCUGUACGCUAUCAAUGCGUGGCUCCUUAUUGUACCACAAUGGCUGUGUUUUGAUUGGUCCAUGGGGUGCGUGCCGUUGAUCAACUCCUUGUCUGAUCCGCGCAUGCUUUGUAUCGUCGGUCUGUGGACAGUGUUACUGGUGCUUAUCGCUUACUGUGUUUUCGGGAAGAGUUUACCAAACAAACGGAUUCUGACGCUGGGAUUAGCCUUCGUGGUUGUACCGUUUCUUCCUGCGACGAACAUCUUCUUCAGAGUUGGUUUUGUUGUGGCUGAAAGAGUUCUGUAUCUCUCUAGUAUCGGUUCCUGUCUCCUCACUGUCCUCGGGUUUACUUUGCUAAGCAAGUUCCCACUGGGAAAGAAGGUUAUAGGAUUCGGCAUGGUCUUGCUCAUAGCUCUGUAUUUGUCGCGAACAAUACAGAGAUCAGCUGAAUGGAUAAAUGAAGACACGUUAUUUACGUCUGGAUUGUCAGUUUGCCCGCUUAAUGCUAAGGUGCACUAUAACGUUGCUAAAGUACGAGGAGAAAAGGGACGAAUUGAAGAUGCCGAAGCAUUUUAUAGAGAAGCUAUCAGGUUGAAUCCAACGUAUGAUCAAGCGUUUAAUAAUCUGGGAAACCUAAUAAAGGACAACGGCAGAUACGAAGAGGCAGAAGCACUUUUGGAGAAAGCUGUAGAAAUUAGGAAUGAUUUUGCCACUGGUUGGAUGAACCUUGGAACUGUCAAAGCAGCUCUGCAAAAACCCGAUGAGGCAGAAAAGUGUUACAGCAAUGCCAUACGCUACAGACGGAAAUAUCCUGACGCAUAUUUCAAUCUUGGAAAUCUGUACAUAGACCAAGAAAAGCACAAAAAAGCCAUUGUAGCGUUUAAGAUGGCUGUCAAUAUAAAGAACAAUCACGUGGGCGCGUGGAUGAAUCAUGCUUUGCUAUUGGAGAAGUCAGGUAAUAGAGAUGAGGCGAUAUCUGUUCUUCUGGAAGCAAAAAAGUACAUUGGCAAUGAAUCAACAGUUUACUUCAACCUUGGUAACAUGCUGGGACAGAACAACAAAUUCCAGGAAGCCGAGCAACAGUUUCUGGAAGCUCUCAAAUUAAGCCCAAAUUCUGCUGAAAUUCAUGGCAAUCUAGGUGUGUUAUACCACAGAUGGGGAAAACACAGCAAAGCAGAGAAAUGCUACACAAAGGCAUUGCAGUUGGAUCCACAAAGCGAAAAUGUGCACGAAAACCUUGAAAAACUAAAAAGAACGAAACGGCAUUUAGCCAACGGAAGAUCCAAAGGGCGAUGAGAUAAACGAGAAAAAUUAUUUUUGUAUACGGUUGUAUAUUUUGUUAAAUUUCUAGAUCUGGUCCAGGUUGUUUGAAGUAAUAUAUCAAACACGAGGAAGAGUGUUUCAUCCGAUAUCUAAACACCGAGAAGUGGUUGAAAAAACGAGGCGCAGCCGAGUUUUUGUUUUAACCAACUUCAAGGUGUUUGGAUAUCGGAUUAAACAACCUUUCGAAUGUUUGAUAUAGCUUCUCAAACCAUUGAUAAUUCUUGGAGAAAAUCAAAGCAAAAGUUCACCAAAUUUUAUGAUAAUUAAGAUCACAUAUCCAAACCUCCUUCACGGUUGUAAUUUCCUUUGUUUUCUCAGCAUGAAUUAGUAAUGAGUUUGAGAAGGGUAGAUAACGCUAUCCACUGGAUGGCCAGUAUCCACUAGAUCCAGCUUUCAGUGCGUUUUGUUAACACUUAUCCGUUGGAUAGCGAUUUAUCCGUUGGAUAGAGUUAUCCGCCCUUUAUACAACUGGACCCAGUUUAACGUUUUACUUUUUGUGAGAUCUCAAAGUUAAUUUGAGAUUGCACAGCUUUCGCUGCUCAGUUGGGUAAAAUGCAUGGUUACCUUCAAGUUUUGGCAACUUUGAAACAGAUUUAUUGUUGUGCACUUAUUAUUAGUUUUUUCAUUGAA